CAACAGCAAUAUUUCCAACUGGGUCUUUGUCUCUGUUUCUUCCUCUUUCCUUGCUCCUUUCCUUUAACCCCACCGUCAAUAUUUUCAUUCCUUUUCUUUCCUGACACUUGAUUUUCUCUCUUUACUUUGGUUUCUCUUCCUUUCUGUCUCGUUCCAUGGACAAACAUCAGCAGCAGCAACUGUCUUUGGCUAAGUGUUCCAGGCAGAAAUACAGUGAAUGGAUUUUUCGGGAUGUUCCUAGCGAUAUCACCAUAGAAGUGAGCGGAGGGACAUUUGCAUUACACAAGUUCCCUCUAGUUUCUCGAAGUGGACGAAUCAGAAAGUUGGUUGCAGAACAUAGAGAUGCCGAUAUCUCAAGGGUGGAGCUGCUUAAUCUUCCAGGAGGAGCAGAGGCGUUUGAGUUGGCUGCAAAAUUCUGUUAUGGCAUUAACUUUGAAAUUACAUCUUCAAAUGUUGCCCAGUUGUGCUGUGUCUCUGAAUACCUUGAAAUGACUGAAGACUUCUCCAAAGACAAUCUUGGUUCUCGUGCAGAAGAGUAUCUUGAGAGCAUUGUUUGUAAGAAUCUUGAAAUGUGUGUUGAAGUUUUGCAACAAUGCGAGAACCUAAUCCCUCUUGCUGAUGAGCUUAGGAUAGUUAGCCGAUGCAUAGAUGCCAUUGCCUCAAAGGCUUGUGCUGAACAAAUUGUCUCGAGUUUCUCACGCUUGGAGUAUAGUAGCUCAGGGAGGCUUCACAUGAACAAGCAAGCUAAAAGAGAAGGGGACUGGUGGAUAGAAGAUCUGUCUGUUCUCCGCAUAGACUUGUAUCAAAGGGUCAUGACGGCCAUGAAGUGCCGUGGUGUCCGUCCUGAGAGUAUUGGUGCAUCACUGGUGAACUAUGCUCAGAAGGAGUUGACAAAGAAAUCCAGUUUAUGGAAUCCAUCUAGCCAGACAAAGGUUGAUCUGAUAUCAACUGGGCAUGAAAGACUUGUGGUUGAGACAAUUGUUAACCUUCUGCCUGUUGAGAAACUUGCUGUUCCUAUAACUUUUCUUUUUGGUCUUUUGCGAAGUGCUGUGAUGCUUGAUUGCACAAUUGCUUGUAGGCUCGACCUAGAGAGGCGGAUUGGUUCCCAGUUGGAUGUUGCCACUCUUGAUGAUCUUUUGAUCCCAUCGUUCAGGCAUGCAGGUGAUACCUUAUUUGAUGUCGACACAGUCCAUAGAAUCUUGGUUAAUUUCUCACAGCAGGAUGAUAGUGAAGAUGAUAUGGAAGAUGCUUCUGUUUUUGAAUCUGAUAGUCCUCAUUCACCUUCUCAAACUGCUUUAUUUAAAGUGGCAAAACUGGUUGACAAUUAUCUUGCCGAGAUCGCUCCUGAUGCAAAUCUCAAGCUUUCCAAGUUCAUGGUCAUUGCAGAGACUUUACCAACACAUGCACGAACAGUUCAUGAUGGACUAUACCGGGCAAUUGAUAUUUACCUCAAAGCUCAUCAGGGUUUAUCAGACUCAGACAGGAAGAAGCUCUGCAAACUUAUUGAUUUCCAAAAGCUCUCGCAAGAAGCUGGAGCACAUGCUGCUCAAAAUGAACGGCUACCCCUUCAAGCUAUAGUUCAAGUGCUCUAUUUUGAGCAAAUAAGGCUCAGAAAUGCUCUGUGCUGCUCUUAUGCUGAUGAUGACCACAAGCCAAUGCACAAUUCAUGGCGAAUUAGCAGUGGUGCGCUCAGCGCAGCAAUGUCUCCGCGAGACAACUAUGCAUCACUAAGGAGAGAAAACCGAGAGCUAAAACUUGAGCUAGCUCGGUUGCGGAUGAGAUUAAAUGAUCUAGAGAAAGAACAUGUUUGUAUGAAGAGAGACAUGCAAAAGUCUCAUUCUCGUAAAUUCAUGAGUUCUUUCUCAAAGAAAAUCGGAAAGCUUAGUAUCUUUGGGCAUAGUUCUUCAAGGGGAUCAAGUUCUCCAUCAAAAAAUUCCCACAGAACAGAUUCUAGAGUGAUUGAGAGAACAUGUGCCAGCACUGAUUAGGUAAUUCAACCUAUUCUUUCUUCUGUACUUGUUAAGUAACCACAAGGAAUGAUCUUGUUGACCUUUUUACUUAUUUUAUUUUUUAUAAAUUUCCCUUUUCGGGUUACCUUGUAUAGGGUUUAUGAUGCUUUGAGAUAGAAAGAAUAUUUGUUCUUGUUUGCGAGUUAUGGUUUUGGAGAGUACAACUUUGAUGCUAUUUGAUAUAUUUUGUAUGAUGUUAUUUGAAAUCUCAUAUAUGUAUAAAAGUUUUAUAAA